AUGGAAAAACAUAUUGAAUUAAAAGCCCUAGAAAGAUCAAGAGAUACAAGCACACUUAAAUUAUUAGCAUUAACAUUACUCCUAAUACGUUCAGUAAUACCAAGUAACAUUAACGAAGUACUGUAUCCCCUGCGUCAUGAACAAAAGUGCCACUCUGUGUCGCCGUCAAAAAUUGCUCACGCGCCGACGGACUCUGCAUUUACUACCAGCUGUUUGAAUGAAUUGGAAGGGGAGGAGAGAGAAUGCCAAAAAUACGCUUUUAUUAAUAUUUUUCAAUGGCGGUGGUCAACAAGGAAAAAGACGGAGGAUGUUGGAGAUGUUGGCGGAAUUAUGGAAUGUGGCUACCGUUAUCAAUUGCGUGUGUGGAGUAAUUUUUCAUGUUGGACAACAAUAAGAUUAAAAUUCAAAAGGACCUUAAACUUCCAACAGGCCUUAGCUUCCGUUUAGGAGUCAUUAUCCAUCCAAACUUUGGGAAAACGGAGAUAAAAGACCUGGACCUUAAUGAUGACUCAGAAAUUACCUAAAAGGAAUUAACCAGUCUAGUUCGUCCCGUCGUACGAGGUAAAAGUAAAUUUUCCUGGUCGAAAACCUGGUACCUGAAGCACCACCGGAUUGUUGGUGCUAAUAUGCCGAAGAAAGUCCCCCGUUGAAUGGAGCUGGCGAUGGCGUGGCUUGGUAUUGCUUAUUUUAAUUUGAAUUUUAUUUAGUUUUAAGUUUUCUUUGAUUCAGAUUUAAAGUUUACUUUAAUAUAGUUUUAAACUUUUAGUUUUAAAAAUG